CAGUGGAAAUGCGGGGAUACACAAGAACUCCACAUAUUCGCUUCCAUGAAGCGCUUUAUGUUUUUUAUUUGCUGCUUUAUGUCAAUAGUUGUGUUUGUGCCGCUGCGGAAGUGUCGGACAAAACCGAAGUUUUGGACCAAAAACAACUUCUAGAGUUAUACAGGAAAGGUGUGUUCCUUUUGGAGAGUAUAUCACAGAAGCGGUGCCUCUCUGCAAAUUCAACCGGUCUCUCUUUGAUCAGCUGUGAACCCCCGUCUGCUGCCCUGCUCUGGAAAUGGGUGUCCCGGCAUCGUCUCUUCAAUCUGGGCACAAGCAGAUGCCUAGGGAUGACCAGCUUGCCUGACGUGGGCAUCUUUGAGUGUGAUGCUACCCUCCCUACCAUGUGGUGGCGCUGUAGGGGGAGCAUGUUGUAUGGAGCGAUGUAUAAUAAGCUGGCAAUAGUGAAUUCCAGUUUGGUGGUGAAGAGAGCAUCUUUGCAUCUUUGGAGGAUUUAUGGUGCGGCCGGUGAAGGUCCCUGCGCUUACCCAUACGAAGAAAUCCACACGCUGCAAGGAAACUCACAUGGCAUGCCCUGUUCCCUACCCUUUAAAUACAACAAUAAAUGGUUGUGGGAUUGCACCUCUGAGGGGAGAGAGGACCGUCACCUCUGGUGUGCUACCACAAGCCACUACGAUCAGGAUGAGAAAUGGGGCUUCUGCCCCAAUUCAGUGACAGGCUGUGGUGAAUUCUGGGAGAGCCUCCCUGAGCUGAAUGCCUGUUACCAGUUUAACUUGUACUCAAUUCUCACCUGGAGCCAAGCACUUACUUCCUGUCAAUCACAAGGCGCAAGACUGCUCUCCAUCACACAUUACAAUGAACAGAUCUAUAUGAAAGAAAGGCUUUCAGAUAUGGGUGUGAUGGUCUGGAUUGGAUUAAACCACCUCAGUCAGGAUGGGGGAUGGGAGUGGUCUGAUGGAUCUCCUUUGGCUCUUGUCAGUUUUACCUCAGAUCUGACCUCCACACCGGUGCAGCAAAACCAGCAGUGCGGGGUGUUUAACUCUACUCAGGGUUCCUGGCAGAGUCUGUCGUGUGAGUCAGCUUUGCCCUACAUCUGCAAGAAAACCAACAACUCUAGCCAGAAAGCAGAGCCGCUAGAUAACUGGCAAUAUAAACACACGGUUUGUCCCGAUGGCUGGUUGGAACAUAAUGGCUUUUGUUACCGGUACCUGGAGGAGAAGGCAAGCUGGGACAAAUCUUCCAGUGCAUGCAAGUCUCUUGAUGCACAGCUGGUCAGCAUCCACUCGCUCUCCCAACAGGAACUGCUGCAGAAAAUUCUCUCAAAUGGUUCCAACUCUAAGGUGUGGAUUGGUUUGUACAAGGAAGCAAAUCAUACAGCAGUCCAAUGGUCAGACAAUUCUUCUGUCACAUUCACAUCCUGGUACUCUCAGGAGCCUUCCCAUCACCAUGGCGACAAACACAUAUGUGUGACAGCAGACUGGAAGGAAGGCAGAUGGCAGUUUGAGGAGUGUGAGGAGCAGCGUGCAGCAGUGUGUAAGAUAUCAGGUCUUGUUCCUCAGCAUCCUACAGGUGAAUGGGAUGACGACUGUCCAGAGGGCUGGAGGAGGAAAGACAGCUGGUGUUAUAUGAUCACCGAUCAGGAGCAGACAUUUGAAGAUGCAGUGAAAGGAUCUUACUGCAAAGCUCCACUUGUUACUAUAGAGAGCAAGUUUGAGCAGGCCUUUCUAAACAGUCUGAUCAGUGAAAUGGGCGGAUCUGAGUCCCAAUCCUACUGGACAGCUCUGCAGGACAGGAACAGGACAGGAGAGUACAACUGGUUGACACAGAAUGGCUCCUCAACACCCCUCACCUACACCAACUGGAACCGACACCAACCAGUUACUGGAGGUGGCUGUGUGCUGAUGUCUGGGGGUCAGGCUCUAGGUCACUGGGAGGUGAAAAAUUGCCAAACCUUUAAAGCCCUGGCUGUGUGCAAACAGGAAGUGAAUGGUAAUCAUGACAUCCCAAGGUCUUUUCCACACAUAAAUACAAGUGCACCAUGCCCAACAGGAUGGGAGAGUCGCACAGGCCUGCCACACUGUUACAAGGUGUAUCACAGUGAAAAAAUCUUGAUGCAACGCACCUGGACGGAGGCUCAGUUCUUCUGCCGGGCUUUGGGUGCUGACCUAGCCAGUUUCCAUCACUAUGAGGAUCAGGCUUUUGUCAAACAGCUCCUUGCCACCAUGUUCCAAAGUACAGAGGGUCGCUGGUUUUGGGUGGGCUUCACAAAGAGAAACCCAUGGUCUGACGGAGCCUGGGAGUGGUCAGAUGGCACACCGGUGGUGACAUCAUUCACCGAGGAUAUGAAUGAAGUGGACUCUCGAACAUGUGCUGUGUACACUGAACUCACUAACACUCUCACUCCCCAGUCAUGCGAUUCCAAAUAUGAAUGGAUUUGCAAGGUCCCUAGAGGUGCGCAGUUGAUAAAGCCAUAUUGGUACAGUGACCAACACGAGCCGUGGGUGUUUUUCCAUGGGGCUGAAUACUACUUUGUCAGUAAGCCAUUUCCCUGGCAGUCUGUGUCGUUCGCCUGUAAGAUGAUGGGAGCAGAUCUACUUUCUGUUCACUCACGUAACGAGCUGGACUUCAUCAAAGAACGCAUAAAGAAGGGCUCUGAAUAUUGGUGGAUUGGUUUGUCUGCUAACAGUGGACACAAUGGCUUCAGUUGGACUGAUGGAUCUGCUUUGGAUUAUGAGAACUGGGAAAAUGUGCGUGUUUAUCGAAAGGCUGGCCAAAAUUGCGUACAGAUGUCUUCUGUGACCGGAGAGUGGUCGACAAGGAGGUGUACAGAUCUCCAAGGAUACGUGUGCAAACGCAGGACAGUGGCUAUAGUGGAGGUCCCACGUGAGCUUCGUUAUAUCGGCAGCUGCCCAGAGAACUGGUUCUACUAUGGACACAAGUGUCUGUUUCUGCAUCUCCCAGCCCAACCGAAAGAGGGGAAAACCUGGCAUGAAGCUCAGUCCAUCUGCUCAUCUCUUCAGGGCACUCUGGUCUCUAUAGGGGAUGAAAUCGAGCAAGCCUACAUUGUUAUGCUGCUUCACGGCCGAUCAGCAGGGGUUUGGAUUGGAGCACGUGGCAAAGGGACCAAUGGGAAGCCCCUCGACUAUAGUAACUGGGAGACAUUGCACCAUAAUAACGUUCCUGAAGAACCUCUCUGUACUUACCUAUCAAACAGUCACAACUUCCGUGUGACAGGGGUAUGGCAAGAUGAGAUCUGUACCGAGAAUGUCUACGGCUUUGUCUGCCAAAAGCCACAAGACCCCACCAAACGUCCCACCCAGUCCUAUUAUACCUCUGCCUCUCUGGACUCAUCUGAGUAUAAGAACCACAGUUACCGGAUCAUCCAUGGCAACUUGAGCUGGUAUGCAGCUCAGAGGGGCUGUUCGGACAAGGGGGCUGCACUUGUGAGCAUCACAGAUCCGUUUCAGCAGGCCUAUCUCAGUGUGCUGUUAAACAGGCUGGGAGCUUCAUACUGGAUUGGCCUCUUCAGUACAGAUGAUGGUACAUCUUACCAGUGGUCAGAUGGCACUGAGGGCUCCUUCACUCACUGGGAGGUGUCUAAUUAUUUCCCAGAGAGGCCAAUGGGAGAAGGAGGCUGUGUGUCCAUGGAUGUAAAUGGACGUUGGAAAGAGGCAGAAUGUGACAUGCCGUUAUCAGGAGCAAUAUGCUAUAUUCCUCCCCCAAAAAGCAUUGCUUUCUCCUAUGAAGUGGUGUGUCCUGAGACCUGGGUGAAGUUUCGUGGGAGCUGCUAUAAUUUUAAAUCGGUUAUGUUGGAGAUGACCCUGGAGGAAGCGAGAGAUCAUUGUAAAAAGAUGGGGAAUUCUUCAGAAGUUAUGACAGUUCAGGAUGAGGAGGAGACCCGUUUCUUCCUUAAAGAGAUGUGGCAUUAUUACCAUGGGCCUCAGAACUUAUGGCUGGGAAUUCUCUAUGACACAGACAAUGAUGCUUUGACACGAUUUGAUGGCUCACCGCUCCAAUACACAAACUGGCUUUCCAAAGCUCCGGAUGCGAGCGUGAUGCAGGCUGACACGUGUGUGACUAUGCGGGUGUCAGAUGCCGUGUGGCGGUUAGCCAACUGCAGGGACAGACUGGGCUUCAUCUGCAAAACCUCAACAGGUGCUAUCAAAGAGGUUGAAGUGGAGCCACUAAAAGGUCUGCACCAAGGUGUCAUCUCUGUGGCGGCAUUGGUGGCCAUUUUGCUCUUUGCUGUGAUGAUUGGCUCGUUGUGGCUCCUUUACAAAAGAAACUCUCUGUGUAUCCGAAGGCUUCCGUCAUUUGGCAGUGCCUACUACAGACAGACAAACUCUCAAUCCAAUGACCAGGAUGAAAAUGUUUUGCUCCCAGACCUGGAGACACAAGCAGGGGACUAAUGUGUGUGUGUGUGUGUGUGUGUGUGUGUGUGUGUAUGUAUGGAAGUGUUUGUAUUUUAUGUGAGUGAGUUUGUGUGUAUUCACAUUAGCGUUAGUUCAGUCAGGGAGACUGCAGUGGAAAUAGGAUGAAUCUGAAAUGAAGAUUCUCAAGUUGUCUGUCCAUGCUGUCACUAAGAGAGGAUAUUAUGCACAUACUAGUCUUAUGAAGUCCCAUGAGAUUGGGCUUUUUCUUCACAUUUUAUCAUAUUCAGGGCAACAACAAGCUGUAAAAACUAAUAUUUUCCAAAUGGCUUGUUUUUUUUAUAUUGUUAAGUGUUAAAGGAAUAGUUCGCUCAAAAAUGAAAAUAAAUGUACUCACCCACUUGCCAUUCCAGAUACAUACAGUACUGUUCAAACAUCUUAGGCACAUAAGCUGUUUCACAAAAACAUUUAUCUUAAGAUAGUUAUAUCGAUAGUAUAUCUUCAGCUUUAGUGUGUCAAUAGGAAAUUUACAUUUUAGACUCCCAAACACUACUUUUGUAAAUAGAAUAGAAGAACGGGGAGCCCUACAACAGAUGUCAUGGCCCCUACAGACCCUCUACUGAACAUCGCAUCAGUCUAGGAUUAAAUGAAGAGAUAGAAGAAUUGAGACAGCCUAAACAGAUAGAAAAACUGUGGCAAAUUCUCCAAGAAGUUUGGAACAUCCUAUAUGCCAACAACCAGGUGUACCUGUGUCCAGGUGUACCUAUGAGAAUUUGUGCUGUUUUGAAGGCAAAGGUGGUCACAACUAGUAUUUAUUUAGCUUUUUUAUGUUUACUGGACUUUGUAUGACAUUAAUUGAUAAAUGAAAACUAUUUAUGGCAUUAUUUUUGAAGAUAUUCUUGUUAUGCAACAUUUUUCACCAGUGCCUAAAUCUUUUGCACAGUACUGUAUUGCUUUCUUUUGCUGAACACGAACAAUGAUUUUUAGAAACUUAUCUCAGCUCUGUUGGUCUAUUCAAUGCAAGCGAAUGGUGGCCAGAAUGUUGAAGCUCCAAAAAGCACAUAAAGGCAGCAUAAAAGUAAUCCAGAUUACUCCAGUGGUUAAAUCCAUGACUUCAGAAGCCAUAUUAUAGGUGUGGGUGAGACAGUCAAUUCUCCUACCUGCCCAGUAGGUGGUGAUAAGUACGAAGAAUUUAAAACGCCAAAAACAAAAGAAGAAUGUGAAAGUGUAGAUUUAUAAUAAAAAGGACUUAAAUAUUUAUCUGUUUCUCAACCACACAAAUCAUAUAGCUUCUGAAGACAUUGAUUUAACCACCUAAAGUCAUAUGGAUUAUUUUUAUGCUGCGUUUAUAUGCUUUUUGCACCUUUAAAUUGCUGGCCACCAUUCACUUGUCUUGAGUGAACCUACAGAGCUCAAAUGUUCUUUUAAAAAAAACUUUGUAUUCUGCAGAAAAAAGAAAGCCAUACACAUCUUGGAUGGCAUGAGAGUGAGCAAACAAUCAGAGAAUUUUUUGGGUGAACUAUCCCUUUAAGGUCAACAUGAAAUCAAAAUCGACAGUUUUUACUUUCUCAAUACACAUUCCUUGUCUUAUUCUGCAUGAUUCAUCAUUUUAUUCCAAAGGGAAAUUUUUUUGUCUUCGUAAUCUUUCUUCAAAUAACAAGUAAUAACGUACUCCACCUCUAAAGCUACUUUACUAGUCUGAUGUCACCAAGGCCGCUUAAGUUUCAACCGGUGUGUGCCAGUGGUAUGUCAGGAACGCAAACUCUGGUAUGGAACACCCACUUUACACAAUCAAAUAAAUUCCUGAUGGAUAAAAUCCUAAAUUUUUUAUUUCUUAAUGUUUUUUUCCGGCCCCUUUUAUCCCCAAUUUGGCAUACCCAAUUCCCAAUGCGCUCUAGGUCUUGGUGUUGGCAUAGUGACUCGCCUUUGGUUGCUUAGGAAGCCUGACUGGAGUCACUCAGCACACCCUGGAUUCGAACUUGUGACUCCAGGUGUGGUAUUUAGUGUCUUUGCUUGCUGAGCUACCCAGGCCCCCCGUCCUACAUUUUAAAAGGUGAAGUGUGUAAUUUCUGAACCAGUAGAAUCAUUAUACAGUACUGUAAAUAAUGACUUAAAUAAUUUUCAAAUUGUUUUCCUGGACACUUUUCCCUCUGUUAAUAAUCAGACAAGCAGAUAGUCAUGUCCCAAACUUGUGCCAUUGGUUGAGCCAGAGUUGUUUUGUCAGGAAACAAAGAGAUCACAGUUUUGUGCUACAGAGACACAGUGACCCCGUUUACACCUGGUAUUAAGAUGCGUCUUAGAUGAUCCGAUCUAUAUGUGGUCAGGUGAGAUGCAUCGUUGUUUACACCUGGUUAAUUAAAUGCACCUCCUAUGACAACUUGUGUUCGAAUUUCAUGGUGAGGGUCUCUGAUUUCGAAAAUUCAACUGCAUCUAGGUGUAACAGCACGCCUGUGAAUAAAACAGGCGUGCUGUUACACCUAGAUGCAGUUGAAUUUUCGAUUUCAGUGGAGUAGCUGUAUUGAAGGAGCAUCAGAUGUUCAUGCUUCUCAUCUGUGUCCGGGUUGUAUUCUGGUUGUAUUGCAGCAUUUGAUAGGCAAGUGUGUGGGUGGUACUUCACUUCUGUCCGGGACACCUUCAGUAUGGAUUAACGUUUACACCUCAAAUGUGAUGUGAUCACAUGCAUUUUUGACUACCUCUGUAUUUGUACAGUGAUCCAAUCACAAAAGGAUUUGCACCACAUUUACACCUGUAUUUAGCUAUGUACACCUUAAUACCAGAUGUAAAUGGGGUCUGUGUUUAUACUUUUGGGCAAUCAACCAAAAAAUGGCUUACUUAUACUUGCCUAUGCAUAUUUCACUGAGAAGUGUUUUAACAUCAGAAAAAAAUUGCACACAUCAGCUUUAAGAAAAAAACGGGUUACGAAUUUUGUUUCAUGUUGACUUGAACUGUUGCUCUUCAACUUUUGCAGCUCUUCAACAAUGCAACUCUGGGAUCCCUGUGGUCCGCUGAAACUUCCAGAACUAAUUGCUUGUUUGAAGUCUAUUAAUAGGCAGAUCUACAGCAGGAAGCUUGUUCUCACAAGAAGUGUGUUCAAGUUAGAACAAUAAACUACAAACAAAAAGCGCCAACAUAUUCAUAAUAAGCCCUUGCACACCAAAGCAGAACAGAACAGCGUGGUCUUGAAGAAAUGUUUACACAGACAACGGUGUAUUGUGUAUCAGUAUUACAUUCUUAUUAGUCACAUUGUGCUGUCCUUUAAGAGCUGAAACUUAUUUGAUCUGAAGUGUGUUUGUUGUAGGAUUACAUAUUUUGUUCUUUAUAAGCACCUUACCUUGCACAUUUCCCAGAGCAGUGUUAUUAGAAUAAAGUUAGUCGUCAGUGGGUUACCCUAAACACCACAGAGCUCUCAGUAGUACCAAAUCCUCAGUCCCCCAAGAGACCAUUAUCUUCAUCAGAGAACAUUUCUGAUAACAAAUCUGUCACCGUUUCUUCAGUGUAUCUUCAUUUUGUCUCUGUCUGCACAUCUGUAAUAAAACUGUUUGUAGUUAUGUGACUUUUUUUUAAAUGGUUUUCUGACAUUGUUUUUUAUAGGAAGACUGUUAUUGUACCACUUGCUUUGAAUUAAUUUUGUAACUAUGAAAAAACAUGAAUGAAUAAGAAUGUUGUUUUUAGUAAUCCAACAUUACUCUGAGCUCCUUGGUAUAACCACACACACAGGCUGUGUACAUUUUGAAUUCAGAAAUGCCCUCAAUAUUUCCCAAUAAGCCAUAAUUUAAAAACUGCCUUUUUUGUAUAUAUACACUUGUACAAGGAAGUGUGUCCUGGACUGUAUGGUAAGACAGUCGUGGGCGUAUUGUGUGUGUGUGUGAGAGAGAGAGUGUUUAAAUUUUGUAAUCAAAAGAUUUCAUAUAUUUGUAGUAAAUGAACAAUGAUGUUAUGGUAUUAGUUUUCUUCUGUUGUUUUGUUUAUGUAUCUGUAAUAUAUAUAUGUUCUACAAACAGUAGUGUUAUUGUGUUUCACAGUUUACAUUUUGUUCUGUUUUUAAGCAGUUUUGUUUUUAGAAAAGUAAAUUGAAAAAUAAG